AUGACAUGGUCUAAUAAUGAUAAAGAUGAUCAAAAUAGGACGACUAUAAUCUGCCCGUCGUGCGGCCACGCCGUUAAAAUCCAAGAUCAGAAGGGGCUUCAAGAUUUGCCGGGUUUGCCAGCUGGGGUGAAAUUUGAUCCGUCGGAUCAAGAAAUACUUGAUCACUUGGAGGCUAAAGUGCACUCUGAUACAAGCAAACUUCAUCCUCUUACUGAUGAAUUUAUACCAACUAUUGAGGGUGAAAAUGGUAUUUGCUAUACUCAUCCGGAGAAAUUACCAGGUGUAAGCAAGGAAGGGCAAAUCCGUCAUUUCUUCCACCGGCCCUCCAAGGCCUACACAACCGGCACGCGCAAGCGCCGCAAGGUCCACACAGACGCCGAUGGUGGCGAGACCCGUUGGCACAAAACGGGCAAAACCCGGCCCGUCUCGACAUUGUCCGGAAAAAUCAAGGGCUACAAGAAAAUCCUCGUCCUCUACACAAACUACGGCCGGCAAAGAAAACCCGAGAAGACCAAUUGGGUCAUGCACCAAUACCACUUAGGCAACAAUGAGGAGGAGAAAGAAGGGGAACUCGUGGUCUCGAAAGUGUUUUACCAAACGCAGCCUAGGCAGUGCGCCUCGUCGUCAUCCAACGCGAAAGACGAGCGUUUUGGGAAGUCGAGAGGUUCGACUAAUAACAAGGCGGCUAAGGAGAGUUUGUUGAUGAAAAACACGAGCUUCACGGAGUAUUAUAACCGGCCGUUUAUUUCGUCUUACGGGCCGAAUAUUGAUGGUGGUGACGGCCCACCUAUGUUGAUUCCGAAUUUGGUCGUCCAUGGUGAUGGAUCAUCUUUCUUGGAGAUGCCUUCAAGUGCAAGCAAGGGUAAAUAA